AUGUCGGCGCCGGCGGAGCUGCGGGUCAACGCGGCCUUCGCGGAGCGUUACGGCCGGUAUCGCCGAAGGGAGGAGCUUCAGCGGCUGCAGGAUCGCUAUGGGGACGCAGGCGAGAAUGAGGAAUCGAGCUCUGGAUCUGAGGAGGAGGAGGAAGAGGAAGAGGACCUGGAGGCUGCUGUCGCCGAUGGCGCCUUCUACCGCACACUGGCCUUGCUAAAGACCAAGGAUCCCCGCAUCUACCAGCAGGACGGCUCUUUGGACUGCGAGGAAGGGUCCUCUUCAGGAAGCAAGAAUGAGAAACCGCGCUCAAAGAAGAAAGCGAAGCCGAUGUACCUGAAGGACUACGAGAGGAAGGUCAUCUUGGAAAAAGCAGGCAAAUAUGUGGAUGAUGACGAGGAUGAAGUAGCAGUCAAAAAUCAAUUGAGUUAUGUGGAAGAACAGAAGCAGCUUAAACAGAGCUUCCGGAAGUUUCUGGCUGACAGUGAUGAAGAAGAAAGGGAAGGGGGCCGUUCCCCAGACUUACUGCACAAAAGGGCCAAAACCAAGGAGGAGAAGGAACAUGAAAAGGCAGAUUAUAUCAACUGGCUGAAAGGUCAAGAGGAACCACAGGCGGAGGGGGCCCUUCAGGAUCUGGCCCCCCUUAGAGAAUACUGGAACGACCCCCAACUGGAUGAGAAGGAGCGAUUCUUGCGAGACUACAUCCUGAACAAAGGCUACGAGGAAGGAGGGGCAGGAGAGGAGGAGGAAAGGCAGCCGGCUGUGUCCGACUCCUCCGACGAGGGCGAGCUAUUUCUCAAGAAGCAAGAGGAUUUUGAGCGCAAGUACAACUUCCGCUUUGAGGAGCCUCAGGCCCAGCUGCUGAAAUCUCAUCCCCGGGUUAUUGCAACUUCCGUGCGCCAGAAAGAUGAGCGCCGGAAGGAGAAGCGCUUGGAGAUUCGUGAGCGCAAGAGGAAAGCGAGGGAGCACAAGCAGGAGGAGCUGAAGCAGCUGAAGAACCUGAAGCGGCAGGAGAUCCUCCAGCGGCUGGAGAAGCUGCGGGAGAUAACGGGCAGUGAGACCAACCCUUUCCAGGAGGGGCACCUGGAGGCAGACUUUGACCCUGCUCAGCACGACCAGCUCAUGGAGGAACUCUUCGGAGACGAAUAUUAUGGCGUGGACGAGGAAGAGAAGCCCCAGUUUGAAACCGAGGAUGGAAGUGAGGAUGAGUGGAAUUGGGACAAAUGGACAGGGCAGGAGGGCCCGGAGUCCGAAGCUGAGGCGUCGCUGCAGCAGGCGGAGGAGUACCAGCCGCACUGUGAGGACCCCGACUUUCUGAUGGAUGCUGACUACGACCCCGCCCAGCAGCCUGGCCCUUCGAAAAAGAAACGGAAGGCGGAACUCCCCCUGCUCGGCAAGAAGAAACGCCAGUCGUGGUUUGCGAGGGCCCUCCGUCGAGAGAAAAAGCCCUUUGACCCGGCGACUGAGACGUUCGAUAAAUACCUGGACGAGUUCUACCGCCUUGACUAUGAGGACCUGGUCGGGGACCUGCCUUGUCGCUUCAAGUACCGCAACGUGGUUCCCUGCAGCUACGGCCUCUCCACCGAGGAGGUCUUGGCAGCGGAUGACAAGGAGCUGAACCGCUGGUGUUCUCUACGGAAGACCUGCAUGUACAGAUCAGAGAAGGAAGAGCUGCAAGACAAGAAAGUCUACGAGUGCAAAGGCCAGAACGCCUGGAAGAAGCAACAGAUUCUGAAAUCCCUUUGGGCAGACGCGGGAGAAGCAGAAGGCGCGAAGGCACCUCCUGGCAAGAAAGGGAAGAAGAACCAGGAGAAGACCCAGCACCAGGAGCUGCCUUCGGAAGAGCUGCCCCCGGUCAGCCCGGCAUGCGAGGAAGAGGAGGGGCUCCGGCAUCCCAACAGCACUACCAGAAUCAUUCCGCAGCCAGUUGCGGGCAAGGAGGCCCCACCGACAUCCUCAGCGGGCCCCGAUCCGCCUGCUCCAGCACCCGGUCCAAGGCGAAGAGGGGGCAGGAAGGGGCUGCUGCUGGGCGCCAAGGUGCGGGUUGGAGGCGCCGAGUUCAGCCGCCACCGACUCCAGGCCUACGGCCUCAAUCCCAAGCGCCUGCACUACCACCAGCUGCUCCGGGAGAGACAGAAGAGGAAGCCAAAGGCGGCAGCCUCGGGCACGGCCAGUAAGGCGGGGGGAGCCAAGUAG